UGAAAGACGGUAUCAAUCAGCGCACCGAACGGCUCAAGCUGACGGAAAAGUAAGAAAACAUACGCGCGCGAACCAGAAAAAUUCAAAAACUUUGAUUUCAUUCGAUCAUACUCACGAUGUACUUCGACGAUUCCCAGCUUCCCGACUUCUCGCAGUCGGAGCUCCUCGUCGACGGCGACGACGGAGGAGGAGGAGAAGCCGAUGAAGCCUUCUUUCCUUGCUCUCGCGGCCACCGUUCCUCCCUCAACCUCCGAACCUCCCAGGGCGGCGCCAUCUGCCUCGUCUGCGUCUCCAAUCUCCUCAUCGCCUCCCCUCGGGCCCCCACCGUCCACGUCUCCUACGCUCUCUCCCAGCUCUCCCAGGCCCUCUCUCAGCCUCCUUUCCUCAAAUCCCUCCUCACAUUCCAUCCCCACUUCCUCACCUCCCCUCUCGUCCACGCCCUCUCAUCCUUCGAUGACGAGCCCAUCGCCCGUCAGAUCAUUCAACUCGUCUGCGAUCUCUGCGGCCACGGUGCUCUGGCCGGCGAGUUCGUCACCAGAAUCUCGGCUGUGCUUUCCUCCCGCGCGCUUGCAUGGAGCCGGCACCAGUUUUUCACUCUCAAUUGUCUAGGUGUCCUGCUGGAUUCUCAGACGAACGGUUGUGCUACCUCCAUUAGAGACCUGGAUGUGCUAGUCUCUAAUCUCGUGUCUGGCCUUCAGUUGCCAAGUGAAGAUAUACAGGGGGAGAUCCUGUUCGUUCUGUACAAGUUUUCGCUCCACCAUUAUGCAUCCAAGGAAUGCGAUGGAACCGAUCCUUUCAUGCCAUGCUGUCCCAAGCUAUUGUACCUAUCACUGGAUGCUCUGCUGAAGACCCAAAAUGAUGACGUCCGCUUGAACUGCAUAGCUUUUUUGACGGUCUUGACGCAGAGAGGAUUUUUUCAAGCUUCCCAUGCAAAUGGCAUGCGCACCUUGGCCUCAAAUGCCGAUACUAGUCUACAAAUACCAAAUUCUACUGAUGGAUGCCAUCUGUAUACCUUAUUCACAGAGGCAAUAAAAGGGCCCCUGCUUUCAUCUGAUGAGCAAGUCCAAAUUGGCAUUUUAGAUUUGAUAUUUUAUUAUCUAUCGUGUGAAGAAAACCCAGAGAAGAAGAUCCAACUUUUGGUGGAAAGCAGCAUUGGGGAUUACGUAUUCGAAGUACUCAGAUUAGCAGGAUUCAGGGAUCCAGUGGUCAACUCUUGCCUCAGAGUGCUUGAUAUUCUAUCAACAGCUGAACAAGCUUUCAGACAGACUCUUGCUGUGGGCUUCACGACUCUGAUUCCGAUCCUUCAGUGUGUGGCUGAAGUUCCUUAUCAUCCUUGUCAGAGUCAGAUACUCAAGCUAAUCUGGAGCUGUGUUUCUAACUUCCUUGGAGUGGCAACGACCUCUCAGUGUGAGGAACUAGUUCUUAUCCUAACAAAGAUGUUAAGGAGGCACAGAGAGGGUGAAUUUGGCAUGCUUUCAGAAACUUUUACUAUAAUCUGCUCUAUAUUUGUGAGUAUGAUAAAACAUCCAUCUUAUCAUGAUCUACUAAAGCUCAUUAUAGGCGUCCAAGAAGCAUCAGAACUUGCCAUAUUGUCUUCCCUGACUGUUUCUGGAAUGAAUUCCAACCAAAUUCUACAAUCCUUGUAUCUGCUGAAAGAGGCAUAUGCUUAUGGUCAUGAAGAUCACUCCACUAACAACUCCAAUAAGGGAAAGCUGAGGCGAUCUAUUGUAGAUGUCUGUAAAACACAUAUAUUGCCUUGGCUAGUGACAGCAAUCAAUGAAACAGAUGAUGAGGAAGUUAUUUUGGGUGUACUCGAGACUUUUCAUUUCAUACUUUAUCAGGUAUCGGAUAACCUGGCCAGGGAACUAGCGGAGACCCUCAUCUCCUCUUCUUGGUUCAGCUUUUCUUUUGAAUCUUUAGGCUUGUUUCCUACAGAAAGAAUGAGGUGGAGAGUGUAUCUAAUGAUAAGUUCACUGGUUGAUAUUCUUUUUGGGAACGAUAGUGGGCAACCAAUUAGGGAGGCUGUGUCACACCUGCCAUCUGAUCCUAGCGACUUCUUGUUUCUGCUUGGACAAAAGAGUUACCGUGAUGUGUUACUGUCUUCUUGUCAAUCUGCAACUCUAUUCAUAUUAUAUUGCAGCUCUUUGUAUGACGAAAGAUUAGCAGAUGAUAAACUGGUUUUAGCUUCUCUGGAACAGUAUAUUCUUGUGAAUAGUUUUAACCUGAGAUGCGGGUCAACAGAUUCAUUGACAAUCUUCCUGUUAGUUAAUCUGUAUGGCCUAUAUAGGGGACUUGCCAAGAUGAGCUACCAAAUAUCAUACAGUCCAGAAGCAGAGAGAAUCUUUUUCCAGCUUUUAACUGAACACGAAUGGGACUUGGCUUGUGCACCAAUCCACUCAAUUUCCCUAAAAUGGCUGUUCCAGCAAGAGAAAAUCUGCAUUUCACUGCUGACACAUCAAAUCUUGAAACUUUGUAGAAUAUAUAGUUCAAAUAACAUUCCUGGCAUCAUCUGUGGUAAAAGUGGUCGAGUUUUAGAUGUGCAAGCAAUUGCACAGUUGGUUGUAUCUGGUGAUAAUUAUGCAGCAAAAGUUUUUGUCUGCUUACUGGAAGAGCUUGUUAAUGAGAAAAGCCAAGAGUCUGACUUGCUUUCGUUAUUGAAUCUUGUUGAACAUAUCAUAGGAAUCCUUCCCGACACUUCUGACCAGUUAUGCUUGAACGGUAUUGCCAAAGCAAUGCGGAUACUUUACUAUGACUCAGGCCCUAACUUUUCUCCUGAGGUAUAUUCAGAUAGUUUGAUCAUUAUUUUCAACUUGUUGAGUUCAGUUCACUCUGAAUCAGUGGCCGAUGGUGAUGCAUGGGUUACUGUGACUACGAAGUUGACUGAUCAAUUGAUCUUCAGAGGGGAUAUGGUAAGUUUUAAUCAUGAAGAGCUGCUAAUACUUGGCAUUCUUUGCUUGAUUUUGUACCACUCAACAAAUGGAGCUCUGAUGGAAGCUUCAAAAACUAUACUCCUCAAUACUCCCCUGACUUCAAUGAUGUGUACCAUCAUUCACCAAGCCUGUUCCAGUGGACCUACCUUACACGAUGAUGAUGAGAAGACCAUCAGUGGGACUAUACUCCUUCAUGUGAUCUUGCUGCAAUAUUUCUCAAUGAGAAGCGUGCAUGCUGUUCUGCCUGGGACAAUAGACUGGUCGAGUUUUCUAGACAAAUCUAAUACCAUGCCAGUACUCCCCUUGUUGAGAAGCCAUUGCCAUGAGUUAUGCAUGUUGAUACACUAUGGGUGUCCUCUAGUCAAAGUUGUCGCUUCGUAUUGUCUUUUGGAGGUGUUUACAAGAUUGUCUGACCAGAGACAGAGACAACACGAGGAUUUCAAAUGCAGCAGUGUAUAUCUGAAGUCUGUGAUGGCGGUCUUGGAAGGUUUACUCUUCUACAAUGACAGCAGAGUAGCUGUGAACUGUGGCCAGUGUCUCUCCAUGAUUUUUGAAUGGGAAAUGGUGAGAAGUGGGACCAAAAAAGUGGCUGAGAAGAAUAAAUGGUGCAGGUUGAUUGUCGAAGAGCUUGCAAUGUCUCUAGCAGUUCCAUCUCUGGUGUCGAAAUCUUGCAGUAAUAAUCACAAGGCUUCAAUUUAUAUGGCCAUUGCAUUGCUGAAACAAGAAAAAGUUCCUGGGUGGAUGAGAUCUGUGUUCGAUGAUGCUUGCAUAAGCGGUAUACUGCAAAAUCUUUCAGGAAGCUGUCUGAGCACGGAGCUGAUACUUCUAUUUCGAGAGCUAUUGAAUGUUGGGUUCUUAACUGCGGAGCAUAUUGGUAGUCUAAACAGGGUACUCCAGGAAUGCCGAAAGCUCAUGUACCAUGAGAAUGUGGAAGUUGAUUGUGAAGAAGUGUGCCCCGGUAAGGCUGCUGCAGUCAGGGAUGAUACCAGCAGAAUUACUGAUCAUCUAGUUCAUUUAAUGUCAUAUAGCUCGCGCAUCAACAGGGGGGGCGCUUCUGGUAGUAAACAACUGUUAGAAGAGAUUGAGACAUUCUUAAGGGCAUCAGCAGAAGAAGGUAAUGGUUAAGGAGGGCAUGGCGAGGUUUCAUGCUUUACUUGCAUCAGCCAGCUGCUACAGUACUGUUUCGGUUCUUCAGAUCCGGGUCAUGCAAAGUGGUUGGAGGUUUGGAACGAAGUUUAUAGAGAUAUGCUUUUAAGUAUGUGUAUAAAAUGAAAUUGUUUGGCUCAUCGAACUAAUUAAUUUUAAUUGUGGUCUGAGGACGGGAAAAGUACGAUGCUGGGGAGUUUUCUCUUCGGGCCUUAGUUCACUGCUGCUUAUCAUAUUAACUACGCUUAUUGAGUUAAUUCUAAUGUUUAACUCAGUUAAUUGCUA